UGUAAUACAAACAUGGACCUUGGAGAAACCUAAGCCCUCCAUCUCCGCGUUAUCAACCCAUGAGAUCCACUACCCAGACUCCCCGGUGUGGUUGGUAGAGCGAGGGUCGUAUUUGUGAGGAGGAAGGAAGUAAAAGGGAAGUGUAUAGUUACUCGGUCCCCUGCAGACAUUUGAGCCACUCAUCAUGAUGUCUCUAACGGGUCCCCAACGUUUCCCUCCGGUUGCAGUCCCAAUGGGCCUGCUGCUGACGCUGCUGCUGUGUGGUAACGCUGCAGAGAUGGAGGCGACCUCAGACGGGCUGGAGGUGAAGGAGCACACUCGGAUUGUUGCCCAGCACAAUAGGCUACGUAGCAGGGUUCAACCCAUGGCAGCUAACAUGCAGAAAAUGGAGUGGAACGAGAGGCUGGCCUUAUUGGCGAGCCAGAGGGCGUCGUCCUGCCAACCCAACGCCUCCCGCUACGUCUCGCCGCCCUUCCACCACACGGGGUGGAACACGCACGUCAGCGCGCACGGAGCCACCUCCUUCUCUGAGGUCAUCCUCCGCUGGUUCGAGGAGGGGCUGCGGUAUGCCUACCUGGGGGCACGGUGUGGAGAGAACGCCACCUGCCAGCACUACAAACAGUUGGUGUGGGCCACUUCUAGUCAGCUGGGCUGUGCCAGACAAGUUUGUGUGAGAGAGCAGGACCGUAGCUGGGACUUCUACAUCUGCUCAUACUCCCCUGGGGGGAACUGGGAGGUGAACGGCGUGGCGCUGGUCCCCUACAGGGCGGGGGAGCCCUGCUCUCUGUGCACCUCGCCCAUGUCAGGCUGCUUCAGGCUGUGGGACCACGGAGGAGGACUGUGUGAGGUCCCUAAGAACCCGUGUCGAAUGAGCUGCGGUCAACACGGCCACCUGAACGUCUCGUCCUGCAAGUGCCGCUGUGACCCCGGCUUCACGGGGAUCUUCUGCCAGGUGCGCUGCAGUGUUCAGUGCGUGCACGGCCGCUACAGGAAGGAGGAGUGCUCAUGUCAGUGCGACCUGGGCUACGGCGGCCCCGAGUGUGCAGAGAAGCUGCAGUUCCCUCUGCGCAGCUGCAGUGUCCGGAUAGACGAAGACUGCUUCAUGGUGUCCCCAGGGGCAGACACCUACUACGCUGCCAAAGGCCACUGCCAGGAACGUGGAGGGAUGCUCGCUCAGAUCCACAACCAGAAGGUCCAGGAUAUCCUGGCCUUUUAUCUGGAACAGCUGGAGACCAGCAAUGACGUCACCCACUUGGACUUUGAGACGCGAAACUUCUGGAUAGGUCUGACGUAUAAAUCUCUGAAGGACUCUUUCCGCUGGGACACCGGAGAGCCGCUGGUUUUCAACAGCUUCGCCUUCGGACAGCCGGACAACCAGGGGUUCGGGAACUGUGUGGAGCUGCAGGUGUCCAGCGGCUUCAACUGGAACGACCAGCGCUGUAAAACACGGAACCGCUACAUCUGUCAAUACGGUCCUCAUCACGUCACCCUGUGGAACGUUGGUGGAUAAACAAGGCGCAGAGACGCUCUGGAACCACGUGACGUAACCCAUGAGCCACCUGCGGUAACUUCUCCUAAACCUGAGUUUUCACUGUUAAACCGGCCAAGAUUCAACCACUUAUUGAUGAGUGAUCACUGAUCAGUGCACCGAGUGCACUUGUUGUAAUAAGAUAUAUCGUUGGAAAUUCAGCAAUCAUUGCUUGUUUAAAA